AUGUUCGCUCUGAAGGGCCUAAGGAUAGUGCGUGAUAAGAAGUUAAAAAAAGUUGUCGGUAGCGAACGCAAGUUGUGCUUCAGCAAUUAUAAGCGUAACAUCCGGAAGACGUUGAACAGGGGUAUGGUUUUGAUCCUAUUGGCUGGUCGUCAUAAGGGCAAGCGUAUUGUCCUGCUGAAGGUUUAUUCCGCAGAACUAAUUGCCACCAAAACCCGAUCGAAUGUAAAGAACAUCAAGCUGCCGAACCACAUCAUCAAUAGCUACUUCCGUCGGGUGGUCAAGAAAAAGAACACCUGA